CAGUCUGCCAUAGUGUUUCAAAGUGUACGGUUGGACUUUUUGCGUGAAAUUUCCCAAGAUAAUUUUCACAUGGAAAUUUAAAUAAAGAUAUGCAAAAAUUAUAUAUAGGUCUAGUCAUUCUUUCCUAAAACUAAAUGAUUGUGAUUUUAUAUCCCAAAGAAAACUUUUUUGUGCGUAAUGAAGUGUGAAAGUUGAAAAGAAGAGAGUACAUAGUAAUGUGGUUGUAGGCUCGUUUUGUGAUGCUGACGACAUAUCAUCACGAUGAAUAAUCCAUUGACACAUUGAAACGUCGUAGUGUUGAAUGAAUUUUACACUUGAUCGCGUAAUUAUCAACACUUCCUGUGGUGAGUGAGAUUAAUUGCGGCGUACAUCUCCCGGGAAGUUUGAUUUUUUUUUUGGAAAAUAAGUUGUUUAUGUAACGAGUUUUCCGGUGAAUUGUCUUGCUGAUAAACAACGUGUUGGUUGACAAAUUUUCAAUAGAAAUUCAAAUAUUUUGUUUUAUACCGAAAAGACAAUGAGACUACAUCCACGCUAGACGUCAUAGAAAAUCAAAGUACACGAAGACAGCUGUGGAAAUCUCAUGGGGCAACUCCUGAGUAUUCCGCAAACAAAGAGUGAUUUAGACGCUGAAGAGAGCAACCCAGAGACCAUUUCAUCGCUAAAGCGAAGAAUUUUGGUGAUUCGGUUACGAUUGAGAAAGAUGGAGUCAGAAAAGAAACCGCAGAAGAAAUCAACGUGUCCCUAUGAGCGACCAACGCUGAAGCCAGAAGAAUUACACAAGCCAGGGGCAAUGCAGGAGGAAAAACCCGAUGAUAGGAGCUUUAACAAUAACAGUACACAGAUCUGUGAUACACAAUCAAGUCGGAGUGCUGAAGUUCUCAGUACAAACGCCACGAGUAGUGUUAAUGGGCAGCAGCAUAGAACUGUGAUAAAUGUCAUUAAUAACAACAUGGCGUCCAACAUCACGGUGGAGGGAUGUAAUAAUAAUGAGGCCAGUCUUAUCAAUCGUCUUUCGGCGCUUAACUUUUCCAGUGGAGCCAUGCCAAAGGAGUCAGUAAAAACAAAGGGAAAUCAAGAAGAUAACACACGGGAUUGCGCGCAGUGUGUUAAAAAGUUACUGUCGACAAGUGGUUUGAAGCACAAGCUCUGCAAACUCUGCCGGUCACAUAGUUGUAGCAUGAGCAAUUGCAAGGAGGGAUCGUCUAAGCCUAAGAAACAAAAUUGGAGCCUCAAAUUUAAUUGUGCCAAAAUGAAGAGUUCCAAAACAUCGCCGGCAGUAGCUUCAGAGGAGAAGGGGUCCAUAUGCACGUGCUCCAAUCGAAAAGUUAAAGACGCCACCAAUCCACGUCCAGUAUCAUCACCACCGAAAAUCAGCCAGGAAGCCAUUCAAUCCGAUGCACCGUCAUGUUCAACGUCAUCUCCGGCUUCUGUAACUUCCACCAACACCUCCAAUGUUAUCCUUUCGCAGUCUGUGGUAUUCCCAGGGAGCCACACAGCAACACCUGGCGCUGGUGCCAUUUUGCUUCCAGAAAACGCCUUCCAACAACUCCAGCCACCUACAACAACCACGACGACUACAGUACUGAGAUCCAAUGGACAACUUAUCCAGCGGAUUGAACAUACAGCUUACUAUGGAAAUCUUCCUACUCCAGGCCCGGGAAAUCUUUUACUUUUCAUGAAUCAACCACCACAACUACUUGAUUUUUCGAGAUUCAAUCCAGAUGACUAUCCCACUGAGGAUUGCGAUGAGCAGGCACGAUUGCAGCGGGAACGAGAGAUUGAGGAGGGUGUUGAGGCACCACCAGGAUUUAAACCACGUCCCACAGAAUCAGCGGGGGCCCUUCCAGCGGCUCCAGUAAUCAAUCCGUCAGCCACUUCAAUGGUACACUGGUCACCACUUGGAUCAGCUGCCUUCCAGAGCUUUAUCCAAACAAAUCGGGGUGCAACUGCAACUGUAGCACCAAGCCUAUACACAAUUGACGAUAUCCCACAUCACCAAAUGGCAAUAAUUCCGAACCAACCGCAAAGGAUUCACUCCCAGGUGGACUAUAUUCACUGUUUAGUGCCCGAUCUGCAAGAAAUCACAGCCAGGAGCUUCUACUGGUGCAAAAUGGACAGAUAUCAGGCGGAGAAGUUACUUGAGGGAAAACCCGAGGGUACAUUCUUACUACGUGAUUCUGCCCAGGAGGAUUUCCUGUUUUCUGUGUCAUUUCGGAAGUACGGAAGGUCUUUGCAUGCGCGUAUUGAACAAUUCAAUCAUUCAUUCAGUUUUGAUAGCCAUGAUCCGAGUGUCUUUACAGCGAAAACUGUUACUGGACUUUUGGAACACUAUAAAGAUCCUCUGUGCGUGAUGUUCUUUGAACCACAGCUUACAAUUCCACUGAAUCGGAAUUUUGUGUUUAGUCUACAGCAAAUAUGUAGAGCAUCAAUUGUAAGUCGUGUCACGUACGACAAUAUUAGUGAGUUACAUUUGCCCAGUAGACUUAAGGCCUACCUACGGGAGUAUCACUACAAGCAAAAGGUUCGUGUAAAGCGAUUUGAUGAGUAUCCAUACGAUGGUGAAGCUUCCUAGGGGCGCGCCAGACUACGGAAAUGUGUACGAGAGCUCUUCAAUGGGAAAUGGAAAUAAGAGAGCCGGAUUAGCAAAGUGAGUUUACAAUGCAUUUUCAAAAACAGGUUAAGAGUGCGGCAGGGUUGUUUAGAUGUCUUAAACUUACAUCAGCCCUAUAAAAUUGAAUACAUGAAAAACAAAGAGAAAGCACAGAGUGAGGGAUUGGGUAGAGAUGGUCCUGGGGAAAACAAUGGCGCAACGUGAAUGACCAGUUGUACAGUACAGUCCUAUUUAAAUUUACUGCAGUUUAAAAGAAUUUUAGAAAGAAUGGGAUUGAGUUACAAAAGAAAACGCAAUUUAAAGAAAUGAAGUUUUAAUCCAUAAGAAAGGAAGAAAUAAAUAAUCAAAUAUUCUAUUAAAGAAGAUUUAAAAUAUUAUAAAAUCAGAGUUAAUAUCAUUUUAGAAUGAUACCUACUUUUGCAAACUUACAAUUGGUUUGGUAUACCAAAUACGCAUAUCAAAUAUUGUAAAAAUAUAUAUAUAUUUUUUAGAGAUGACCUUGAAUAUUCCCAAUGUUUUUAGUAGGUAUUCAAAACACUUUUCCGAAAUUAAGUCAAUUUCACAAAAGAAAAUCCAUCCCUAUUUCAUCUAAUAGAUUGCUUUCAAAAUAAAUAACAAGGCAUUGAUCAAUCUAUAUUGUGGUAUACCAGCUAACAUAACUGGUGGUACUAUUUUUUUAAAUGUAGGUAAUAGCGAAUUUGUUUUUUUUUCUGCAGUGAAAUACAUACAAAAAGCCCAAUCCUUCGUUAAUCUUUAAAAUUAUCGUGAUUCAAUGGGGAUUCUUUGACUUCCUGUUUGAUAUCACAAAAUUGUAAAAGAAUUCAGAUCAAGCGAUAGAGUAUUAAAAAAAAUAGAUUAUAAACAUAAUGAUAGACUAAUAUUUUGAAACUUUUCGUUGGUGAUUUAUCCCAGCAAAAUUUUAAACUCGGAGAUAUCACAAAAGAAUUAAAAAGAAAACUUGUUAUAAUUUUAUUAUAUAUUUCAUGAAAAAAAAAAAUAAUUUUAACAAAUAAGAUAUUGCAAAAAUAAUUAUUAAUUCCUAUUUUUAUCAAUUACGUUUUUUUUUGGUCAAGAAAUAUCAAAAUAGAAUGAUUGUAGAUUAUAUUUUUUUCGUAAUAUGUAGGAUAAAUGUAAGAGAAUAAAAUUAAAAAAAACUAAAAAAGUGAAAAAAUAGAAAUAUUUUAAGAUUAUCUCUUACAAAAAAAAAAAAAUCAACAAACUAUCACAAAAUUAGGCACUAGAAAAUAUUUAAAUUGAGAUUUAAACAUGUGUGAAGUAGGAAAUAUAUUUAAUUGAAGAAGACAAAAAAAAGAAUCAAAUAAAAAGUUGAAUAAAUCAA